GUGGUUGAGAAUGGUUUCGGAGAAUUAGAUCCGUGCCACGACAAAGAGCGCUGGUGUGCGAGGAUAUAAGGCCCAAACUGGACUAGGAAAAUACUGGACUACAGCUCACCAAGGUCGACUCCUGCGCGUAAAAGCGCACCUGGAUCUCACGCUCCUGCUCAUGGUCCGGAUCUCAGAUUCAAUAUGAACUCCUUGAAUUUCUGCGGCGCGUCCAGCGGUGGAGUGCAUCCCCUCCACGGUGUUAACUCCCUGCUGUACGACCUGCACCACCAGAUGGCGGAGCAGUACCACGUUUACUCUGCAGCCAGCCCCGCAGUGCACACCCUCUCUGUGGCUGAGAGACUGGCAGAGCUUAUUCUGGAGGCUCGGUAUGGCAACCAGCAGAAGCAGCGCCGCAGCCGAACAGCGUUCACAGUGUCGCAGCUGCAGGCUCUGGAGAAAGCCUUCCAACAGACACAGUACCCCGAUGUCGGCAUGAGAGAGAGGCUGGCUGUCUGCAUCAAUCUGCCUGAGGCUCGCAUUCAGGUGUGGUUCAAGAACAGGAGGGCAAAGUUUCGGAAAUGUCAGAGGUGCUCCCCGCUCUCCAGAGACCACAGUCUGGAGGAGGCACCACAUCACAGCAAGGUGGGACAGGAGGAAGUCAGGACCGAAGACAAGCAGGACUUCACCACACCACACAUUGACAGCAACAUCCCUCCUCGUCGCUGUUCUCCUCCUCCUCCUCAUGUGGAUAAAACUAGGGAUGUUUGCCCACCUCUCGCUCCUUCAGACUCUGAUGUUUCACGGUGCCCCCUACGACUUCACUCUCCUCCCCUUUUCCCCUUCAUGACAAGGGAGCACUACGGCCACCCGCCUCCCCAGCCGGUUGUAGGAGUGCUGUCCAGUGAGCUCACCCUCCCUCCGGUGUUCUGGCCCAUCAUACGGCAGCACAACUCUGCCCUGGGGGUUCCUCCGUCGUCACUUUCUAAAACCUGUAGCCUCUCCCUUCAGACUGCUUGUUCAAGUAAAGCUGUGCCUCACCCUCACCUGGGGCUGUAACUGUAGACCUAUACACCUACAGCCCGAGAUCUCUGCUCCUUGUGGACUCAGGUACACCUGAAGCAACCUUGUGUGGGAAAAGACAGGGUAACAAGGUAGAGAAGCACUUACUGUCUUGUUCCUGUAAACAUGAUUACAGACACAGAAUAUGAAUUUUUAUUUUGUGAGCUUGUCUGAGUCUGUCUAAAGGGAUGUAAAGAUGUACAGUCAAAUACUUUCAGAGGUUUUUUAGUAGACCAAGUCUAACUUGGGUCUGCUUUAAUUACUUCUACAGGUUGGUUUUAGUUUGCCAGUGGUAUGAGUUUGCUUGAGUUUGCUCACGUUCUGGUUCCAGUCAACAACAGUGUAAACAACACAUUUAAAGAUAUCAUUGUCUCCUGCAGCAGUAUUUACCUGGCUACACUGCUAAGUAGCUACUCAGUAAUAAUGAUGGUCAAAGCAUUUGAGAGACGUUCCUUAUUGUAACUAGGCACUGCAACAUAGAAAUGUGAAAUAAAAUUAUUUGUACCUGAA